AUGACUGUAGCUCGAGAGAAACCCCUUGCAUGUGACCUGGAAGGGAAAUUAUAUGUAAUUGGAGGCUGCGCCGGUAAAAAACCUAAGAAUUUGGGUGAAGUUUUCGAUCCGAAGACUCAAAGUUGGGAACCUUUACCUGUCCCUAGCCCAGAGCUACGUUUUUCUUCAAUUAGAACAAUAGAGGCAAUGGAAGGAAAGCUUUACGUUAGAAGCAAUGAGAAGAAAGACUCUGUUUAUGAUCCAGAAACAGAUGAAUGGAAGGUUGCCCCAAAACCACUCUAUGUGGAGUGUGAGAUAGAUAAUGUAUGGUAUUGUUGUGAUCGAAAGCUGCGCUGCUCGUGGUAUGACACAAAUCGAGAAGAAUGGAGAGUGGUCAGAGGGUUAAAAAAGUUGAAUAAGUAUGGUAGUAUUACUGGUAUGCCUGGAAUAGCUGAGUACGGUGGAAAACUCUUAAUUCUAUGGGAGAAGAUUUCGUUUAAUCAGCUUGGAUACUCAUACAAGCACAUUUGGUGUGCGAUGAUUGCGCUGGAAAGACGUCAUGGAACUACAGUUGACGAGGUUUCGGGAAACAUUGAGUGGGCUAAUGAAGUGCAUACGGGUCCCAGCUCAUGUGUUUUCUUGCGUAGUGUACUAUAUGUGGUUUGA